AGGCCUAAUGAAGUUGUCGUAACACAUAAGCUGAAAAUUUGUGGGCGAAUUCGUUCUGUUUGUUUACUUUUUGCAAAUAAACCAAACACUGAUGUUCAGGUUAAGACAGCUCUGCUCUUCAAGUCUUCAAAAAUCAAAAGUUCCAAGAUGGGCUAUGAACCAUACCAAACAUGUGAGGUUUAUAGGAAGUUUUCAAUCAACAAAAAAUAAAUUAACAAUACAAGAAGUAAAAGAAAAAUUGGGUGAUCAGCUUGGGGCUCAAAAGUUUUACAGACCAACUGAACCUCUUAUUUAUUCUCGAGACAAAUCAUUAUCUUUACCUCAAAGUCAAGCUGAACUUUCUCCUCGAAAGAUGAAAGACAGCUAUGAUGAAUGUAUCAUUCCCCUGGGUAACAGUGCCAUGGAACGAGAGAAGUAUUUGAACUUCAAAGGAGCAAUAAGAACAGGAAAAAUUCUGGAAGAUAUUGAUGUAUUUGCAGUAUGGCUCUGCUAUAAACAUGUCCUCCUUCAUACCCAAAAACCUGGUCAGUCAGCACCAUUGUCCAUUGUGACUGCUCUUGUGGACAAAAUUAGUCUAAGUGGACACACCAUCUAUCCAGAUGAAGAUAUCAAGAUGAGUGGCCAUGUCUCAUGGGUUGGAAAAACAUCUUUAGAAACCAGUAUGCAACUUGAGCAGAUGGAAUCUGGAGAAUGGAGAAAGUUGUUGCAUGCUUACUUUGUGAUGGUUGCCAGGCAUCCAGAUAACCAAGAGUCAGCCUUUGUAAAUCCUUUGAUACUAGAUUCACCACAAGAAGAAGCAAUAUUCAGACAAGGAGAAGCUAACAAGACCCGCAGACAAAAAUGGUCACACCAGAGUCUGUUACGUUCUGCACCUAGUGAACAAGAGCGGGAAGUAUUACAUAAUUUGUUUCUUGAAACUCUUGACCCAAAAGCACACACAUUCAAGGUAAGAGUCUUACCACCGUGUUCCUUGUGGAUGGAAAAUGCUAAACUAAAGAAUGUGAUAAUUUGUCAUCCUCAGGAGAGAAACCUGUACAACAAGAUGUUUGGUGGCUUUCUUAUGCGACAAGCUUAUGAGCUAGCUUGGACUUUGGCAUAUGUCCAUAGUAAAACCAGGCCUGUCAUUGUAAACGUGGAUGACAUUUGGUUUCGUCAACCUGUGGAGAUUGGAUCACUCCUAUAUCUUCAUGCUCAGAUUGUAUACGUUAAAGACAGAGACAUGCAGGUACGAGUUCAUGCUUCUGUGAAGGACCCAGAAAAGGGAAAAGAAGAAACAACCAAUACAUUCCAUUUUACUUUUACUUCAAGAGGAGACGACCUACUGCCUCGUAUAAUACCACGGUCAUACCAUGAGGCCAUGCUGUACUUGGAUGGUAAACGUCACUAUGAAUCCGCACUAAAAACUGCAGAACUAAACAGCCUGUAAAAUAUGGUGUGCCAACUCAAUUUGCAUUUAACCCCACUUACCCUAUUGAAUUUUUGGAUGAGGUUUAAUGUGCUUUAUAUGCCAGUUUUGUUGAAAGCUUUUUACUUUUUCGAAAUGUUAUAACCUGUAGUAUUAUUUUGAUAAUAUUGCUUUAUUAUUGCAUAUAAUACUUGGUAAGUAAAUUUUUGUAUUCUUUAGUUUGUAUUCUUGAUAUACAUAUGAAGUUCUACUACUGCUUUUUAAUGAUUUAGUUGGUGAAUGAUUUUAUACUGUGAAGGAAAAACAAGUAGAAAUUUAUCAUUCAUUCUACUAUGACAAACAUAUUACAACUAAAACUUCAUUAGAAAUGCUGUUUACAUAUGUAAACUCAAGCACUAAUGUUACAAUGUUGAAUGUCAAAAGUUGGUGAAGCAUUGACAACUAUAAUACUAGCUUUUUCUACUGCAGCUAUGAGUGUUUCAGACAAACUUUUCCUGUCAUAGAUCAACCUUUCUGCAAAGUUUUGCUAUUCAGCAAAAAACUUCCUGGGCAGUAAUUUAUGAAACACAAACAACACGGGUCUCAACUUUUGUUUUCCACCCUUCUUAUUUGAAAUCCUUUAAUGGACAGAUUAAAAAGAAUGUAGUAAAAACAACGCAUCCAAACAUGAUUUUUAUCAUGAAUAAUAGGCAUAUUAAUUUUCAUGUAAUUUGUAAACAAAUGUGUUCAUUUGGAAACUCCCCAACAGUAACAGUACUGUAAAACUAAAUUUUUAGUUUAAUUAUCUACUCAUCUCUUUACUUAUUAUCGAGUCCAACAAUUUUGGUGUUUUAGUAGAAUAUUUAAAACUUGUUUUACAUUCUAUAAUUUGCUAUUAUAAUUAUAUUAUUAUAUAUUAUUAUACAUGGAAAAAUUUCAUUUAAUGAAGAUUUGCAUGGAAUUUAUAUUAUUUGAGUUUUAUUACAACUGACGUAAAUAACCUAAGUAUUGUUAUUGUGUAUUGUUAUAUCAGUUAAAGAUUAGAUAUAAAUUUCAGAUUCUUCAUGCAUUUAAAUAACAUUGUUAGACCUAAUCUACUUGCAGCAUUUGUUUUUGCACAUUUUGUAAUUAGUUUAUCUUACAUUCGUUUAAAGUUUUUACAUCUCUGUAAUAACAACCACAACAUUUUUUUUUACCUUUUCAAAUAAAACAUUUCCAUAAUUUGAUUUUCAUUUGUUCCAAAUAUUUAGACACCCAAAGACCAGCUCAUUAAGUGCAACUGAACAAGAAGCAUUACUGUUGUCACAUUGUAGUGAUACAUGUCUGUACAGAUUUGUAACAGAAUAUUUCAUCACACUUCAGAAGAUUUUUAAUUUUUCUUGUAAAUUAUUACAAGCUGUAAAUGUGUAAAAAUUCUUGAAAAUUAACAGCAUUCGUUUAUUUUACUUGUUGGAAAACUCCAAUACUUUAAAAAGUAUGUGAAAAUAAUUCUCUUAAGAUAUGUAUAUAUUUUCAAAUACCCUAGGUAAGCUUUUCCAAAUACAUAACCACAAUAAAAUACAAAAUUAAGCACUAAUAUAGGAGUAAAUUAUUCAAAUAGUCUAUUGAAAUCAGAAAGAAAAAUUGAGAAAAAGAGGGAAAUGAAAAACAUGUAAUCGGACAUCUGAAAAAUGCAGAUUUGCCACAAAAAUUAAUCGUAUUUGUAGGAUUUUUGGAUAAUAUGUGUUUUGAAUUUACAACAAAACAAAAUAUAUCAACACCUGCAAAAUACUA